AUUUAUCCGCGACGCAUGGUGCAAGGCCAUGUCCACGCGUGUUAUGAAAGUUCGUGUCAGGUUUCUGUAAUGGCCACCACCAAACGACCACAGGACGAGUGCAGCAGCACAGACGAGAAGAAGAAGAAGAAGAAAAAGAGCGAGAAGGAGAGCCGCGAGGAGCCGGCGGAGCUCUGCGCAGCCGUAGAAGACGAGCAGGUGAAGAGAGCCGUCACGGAGGCAUGGAGCCGCAAGACUACCUACAGCCACGGCGAUCUGGAGUUGGACUGCCAACCGUUCCCUCACUGCAUCUUCAGAAACUUCAUCAGCAGCCAAGCCUUUGCAGAAAACCUCAAGAAAGAGCUGCUGGAGCUAAACUUCCAUGAAAAAUCAAACGACCUGUAUAAAUUGAAACAGUCAGAUGAUCUGAAGAAAAGAACAGAGCCACAUAUCGCAGGGCUGAGGGCAGCACUGUUUGGGCGUUUCCGGUCCUGGCUUGGGGAGGUUCUGGGGGUUGAGCUGGACCCCACUGUGGAUAUUUCUUGUGCCAAAUAUGAAUAUACAGAUGUUCUUUUGUGCCACGAUGAUGAGUUGGAGGGGAGGCGUGUUGCGUUCAUUUUGUAUCUUGUGCCCCCGUGGCAGAGCAGCGACGGGGGAACCCUCGAUCUUUACACAACAGACAGUAAUUUGCAGCCACAGAGCAUAGUGAAGCCACUCGUACCCUCCUGGAACACACUCGUGCUCUUUGAAGUUUCUCCAGUUUCCUUUCACCAAGUGUCUGAAGUUUUGUCGCAGGACAAAUGUCGGCUGUCUCUGAGCGGCUGGUUUCACGGACCUUCUCUGGAACGUCCUCCUCGCCACACAGUGGCUCCCGUCCAGAGGAAUCCGCACUUACCGAGAGAUGAAACAGUGCUGCUGGAGUGGAUCAAUCCCAUCUAUUUGGACAUUUCUUAUCAAGAGCAGAUUCAGGAGAACUUUGAAGACAGCUCUGAAAUUCAGCUCAAAGGAUUUCUCAAGGAGGAGAAGUUCAAAGAGGUGAGUGAAGCACUUCGGCUCUCUCAGAUUGAGUGGAAGAAGAGAGGUCCACCCAAUAAGAGGCGCUAUGAAGCAGCUGCUCUGGACUCGCUGCCUCAGUGUGUGAGUGCAUGCUGGGAGCUGCUUCAUUCAGAAGCGUUCUUCCUGCUCCUCUCCAACUUCACUGGCCUUCGAUUGCACUAUCUUUGCCCGGCUGACGACGAAGAGAAUGGCGAUGAAGAGAAGGAUAAAAAGCAGCAAGAUGAUGGAGAAGCCACGGGGUCGUCAAAUGAACCAUCCUCAGCAGAUGUGAGCAGAGAGAAAGAGCCGAGCACCCCUUUGUGCUGUGGGGAAGUACGUCGAUGGUCUCAUGGCGGCUACACCCUGUUGCACGAUGGAGAGGCAGCGCGGGCAGAAUAUGCGCUGGACCUCGUUUUGCCUUUCGGCUGUGCCGGCUGGCAGUCAGAGUUUGGCGGCUUCACAUGUUAUGUCGCUAAUGAAGAGGAUGAGGAGCUUCUGACUGUCUACCCAGAGGACAAUUCCCUCGCACUCGUCUACAGAGACAAAGAGACACUCAAGUUUGUCAAACACGUCAACCACAAAAGCACCUCCGAACCUGAUGGCAGCUCCACCUGCAGAGAGUUUUAUGACUUUUCUUUUGUCUACUAUGAAUAAAUAUGUAUAUAAAUA